CCACCACAUGUGUGCCGACACAGAGUAGGCCUCAGUACUGCUGGCCGUCAGCGGGCAGGCAGGCAGAGGAGAAGAGGAGGGGAGGAAAAGUGUGUUUACACAGACGGCAAACUGCCUGGGGAAUCGUCGGGGAGAGGAAGUGAGCCGGCUCUGUGUCUGCCUGCUCCAACUUCCUGCUCAGAAAGAGAAAAAGCCCAGGAUCCUAUUUCAGUCCAGCACAACUGUGUAGACCAGAAGUAAGCAUGGAAAAACAAGGAAUCCCACCAGCUUCACCGUAAAGUUUCACGGAGGGAAAAAGACCGAGAGAGAGAGAGAGAGAUCGCAGGUAUGGACAGUGCCAUCACUCUGUGGCAGUUCCUGCUGCAGCUGCUGCUGGACCAGAGUCACAAGCACCUGAUAUGCUGGACGUCCACGGACGGAGAGUUCAAGCUCCUCAAAUCGGAGGAAGUGGCGAAGCUGUGGGGGCUGCGCAAGAACAAGACCAACAUGAACUACGACAAGCUGAGCAGAGCCCUGCGCUACUACUAUGACAAGAACAUCAUCAAGAAGGUGAUAGGCCAGAAGUUUGUCUAUAAGUUUGUGUCCUUCCCUGAGAUCCUGAAGAUGGACCCCCAGGCGGUGGAGAUGGGCCUGGCUUCUGGACGGUUUCCCCUCCAGGAAGGAGAGGCCUCUGAGCUGGAGGUAGAGGAAGAGGAGGAAGAGGAAGGUGAGGAGGAGGCCCAGAGGAGGACCCUGGCAGCGCUGGGAGCGCAGCAGUGUCGGAACGACUACCUCCGCUCAGGUCUCUACUCGUCUUUCAGCAUCAGCUCCCUGCAGAACCAGCCCGAGCUGCUCCGUGCCCUGCGGGAGCACCAGGGGGAGCCGCGCACCGUCAUCCGCUUUGGCGCAAACCCCGGUGACAGGAGCUCCCCUCCUUCUGUCAAACCCGAGUCCUUCAUCUCCCCCAGGUUAUCCAAACUCCACUCCCCGUCCUCUCCCCACACUCAGCCCUCUCAGUCCGGCCGAAGCUGGAGCCCUGCGGUCAAGGAGGAGGAGGAGGAGGACUCUGACCAGAGCGCUCAGCCCCUCAACCUCUCCUCUGGGCACAGGGAGCGAGCCCUGCAGCCUCCAGAGAGGAGCAGCAGCAGCAGUAGUGGCAGACGUAGCACUACUACUUGUUGUAGCAGUAGUAACCAAGGAGAUGGACUCCCACCAAAAAGCAAAAAGCCCAAAGCUCUGGAGAUCUCCGCCCCGUCCCUGCUGCUCGCAGGGAGUGACAUCGGCUCCAUCGCCCUCAACAGUCCGGCACUGCCGUCUGGCUCCCUCACUCCUGCCUUCUUCACAGCACAGACUCCCUCUGGUUUGCUGCUGGCUCACAGUCCGCUGUUGUCAGGCAUCCACUUCUGGAGCAGCUUGAGCCCCGUCGCCCCGCUCAGCCCCGCCCGGCUGCAGGGCCACAGCUCCCUAUUCCAGUUCCCCAGCCUAAUCAACGGACACAUGCCUGUCCCACUGCCAAACCUGGAAGGAACACCCUCCUCUCUGCUCCUGUCCCCCACCACCCACAAAUCCUGAUCCAGGGUCUGUGAAAAAAAAAAAAAAAAAAAAACCCAUCUUCAUCCAUCUCUUCUCGAAGGUUUCUCAUCAUUAUCAUCAUCAUCAUCUGCAGCAGCGGUCUCUGUUAAAUUUUGCUUCAGAAAAAAAGUCCUACGAGACAGUAUGUGACCUCACUUUUUUGCACUUGCGUUGCUUCAGAUUCCAGUGGUUGAAAGCACUUGGUAAAAGCCAUACAGCCACGAUGUCUGUGAGACGUCUCGGCUCUUUGCGAUAAAGUACAGCACAUUUCCACAUGACCCUGUCCACGAUGGACAGUAGUGACGUGUAGCUGCAGAAGACUAGCCAGCAGCUCAUUCUGCGCAGAGAGCUUGGUUGUUUUUAAUCUUUUUUUUUAAGUCCUUUUACUUAAAUGUUCAUCAACAAUGUGAAACCAGUCAUUUCACUUGUAUGGUAUUGUAUGUAUUGUAUGCACUAUGCUUCUCAGAUAGUACCGGCUGUGCCUUGUUACCCCUUUUUUCCCCUAAAAUCUUUUAAUGAAGACGAGAUUUCAAAUCAAUGAAAAACCUUUGUAACACUUGUAAUGUUCUUUUUUUUAUACUGGACUUGGUAUACAGUUUGUAUUCUGUAUAAUUUUGUAUUGUGAAGAAUGUUUUUUGUCAUUUUCAAUAAACAAAGCAUUGAAUGCUUGAACAGAG